GCUUCACUCUGCUCUCACAGUCCAUCCUGCAGAGAGGCACGCUGUUGCUGCUCUGUGAUCUGAAGCAGCGAAAGCCAUGUCCUUGGGAGUCUGCGCUCUGCUCAUCCUCCUGUGCAAUGUUUGGUGCCUGAUCAGUGGGACUUCUGUGAUGAUCCCGGAUGUUGCUGUGAGGUGUGCUGAGGAAGCUCUGCUGCCCUGUAAAGCUCUUCAGGACUUCUCAGUCUCCUACCAGACAGCGUCUUGGUAUAAAAUGGCUGGAGACAGCAAAGGAAUAGCAUGGGAAGUCCUUGAUGUGGAAUCUCAUUAUCCACAAGAAGUUGGGGGGUCCUUGGAGCUCUCCAAUGACACCUCCUUUUCACUGAGGAUCAAAAAUGCCACCAGCCGAAACAGCGGGACAUACAAGUGCACUUUGAGGGGGCAGAACGGAGAACGCAAUCUGAGCAGCACAGUCACACUAAAAGUAACAGGUUGCCCUGGAAUAAAAGAGGACAAACUAAGUAAAUACAAAGGCGAGCUCUUGAUGCUGACUUGCCUUGGGAUUUUUUACUUGCUGCUCAUCUUCUUUACUUGUACAUGUCUAAGAAAAGAGAGUGUAUCUCCAAAUUACCAAAAAACCAGACCAGAUAUGAAGCACAUGCUCACCCUCAUGAACGUACAUGAAAUAACAACUUUCCAGCAUUUAAACACCAACAGCACUUGCAAGAAUGAGCUUACUUCAAGUUUUGUCUAAGUUGACAUUGAUGGCACUGUGGACUCAUCAGGAAACACAAGCUGGAUGGCUGAGUGGUAUGGAGAGGAAAUAAAUUAUAAUAUAUUGUCUCUUCAGAGCAGCCUGAAAGUACAGGUACCUUGUCAGUGAUCUGCUUGUGCUGAACAAGCACUGUUAUGCACUAUGGUAACUUUUGAGAGAUAGUCAGCUAAGAAAUAUCUUUACAG